AUGACAGGUCCAGUCAUCCAGGAUCCUCUGUUUGAUUUGCUGCUUCGUUUCCGUAUGCAUUCUGUGGCUCUCGUUGCUGACAUCGAGAAGAUGUAUCUGCAGGUGAAGGUCCAUCAUGACGACACUUCUUUGCUCCGGAUUUUGUGGAGAUUCUCGCUAUCAGAACCUAUUGCAACAUAUGAAAUGUCUAGAGUGACUUUUGGUUUAGCUCCAUCAUCGUUUCUCGCAACGCGAUGUUUGCAGCAGUUAGCACACGACGAAGGUGAUCAAUAUCCACGAGCGAAUGCGGCGCUCGUACAUGAUUUCUACGUGGACGAUUUUAUCGGAGGUGCGAAUUCCGAAGAACAAGCUAUUUUACUACGGCGAGAAUUAGACCAGCUGUUGCCUAAAGGUGGUUUCAGACUGCGAAAAUGGGUAUCAAGUUCGGAAGCUGUGUUGGCAGGUUUAUCUGCUGAAGAUUUGGGAACGACAUCCACAUUGAGUUUCGACCAGGAGCGUGUAAAAACGCUAGGUAUCAACUGGCAACCAGGGCCAGAUUCAUUAGGCAUAGACGUCUCGGGUCUUGCUGUAAGCGGACAGUGGACUAGGCGUAAAAUUUAUUCCGUUGUGGCUCAAUUAUUCGAUCCGACUGGUAUAACAGCUCCUGUCAUCGCGUGGGCUAAAAUUCGGAUGCAGCUAUUAUGGGUGGCUACUCAAGGUUGGGAUGAUCCAUUGCCACCAGACUUAGAUAAACAGUGGGCAGAUUUCUAUCAGCAACUUCCAUUGCUCUCCAACAUCAAAAUUAACCGACAUGCUUUUACUGAUAAGCCGGCGUUAACAUAG